GCAAUGACGUUCGGGCUGCUGGCAGUGACAUUCAGGAUGCUCGCAGUGACGUUCGGGCUGCUCGUAGUGGUAUUCGGGCUGCUCGUAAUGCCAUUCAAGUUGAUGGUAAUGGCAUUUCGGCAAUUUGAAUGACGCGGAGACGGACGGACGGUUGGCGUUCACCGGGACGAAAUUCCGGUAUGAUAGUUGGGCUCAUAUCCCAUCAAUUGAACUAAACAGGAGCGCACAAUGUACCUACUGAGAAGGAUAUUCAAGGCCAAGCCCGGCGAGGCCCGCCGCGUGGCCAGCCUGCUGCAGAAGCAGGCGCAGAUCUACCACGAGGCCGGCCAGCGCAGCGAGUUCAAGGUCUAUUUCAAUGGCGCCACCGUGCCCGGCAAGAGAGACGUGGUCGUGCUGGAGUGGACCGACGAGGCGCUGAUGUCCCCCAUGCGCGGCGGGCACUCUUUGCCAGCGGCGGCCCUGGAAAUUGGGGCGCAGAUCCGUCCGCUGGUGGAGGGCAACCGCAUCGAGUUCAUGGAGUUGAUGACGCCCGACAAGAUGCUGGACGUCUAA